UAUUUUGGGAAAAAAAUCACUAAACUAAACAAGAGAACUCUCGUUCAUCUUCUUCGUCUGACCCUCACCACUUCAUUUGAAAGGAAACCCCUACUCCCUCACUCACUCCGCGGCAGCCGCCCUCACCGCCGGCGCAACCAUCUGAAACCGGGGGCCCUGUGUCGCAGUGGUAGCACUGUCACAGUCGUUGAGAACGGGUCAUUGUGAAAGGCCUCCUCCACCUGAGCCCUGAGCUCUUCGUUAUAGCCAUUUUGCAAAGCAAACAUUCUUGUCCAAUAUUUCUCAGUUUCUUUGGAGAUUGGACCUCAUCAUAAUAAUGCUAAUUGCAAAAUCAAUUGAUAAUGGCUUUUAAACAGGAAAAUUUCAUUUAGUGUUCAUCUACAAUGGCCAGAUGGGAUGCAAUCCUAUCUCUUCCAGUACAAAAUCCUCCCACAUUGGAAAUUUCUUCUGCUGAGCUAGUGUGGUCAAAAGUGGAAGGUUGGCAUGAUAAAUUAGAUAGAGUAGCUCUAAUCCCAUAUGCUAGAGUUGAUGAUUUUGUGAGGGGUGAAUCAAAUAACAAAGAAUGUCCUACAAGAUUUCAUGUUGAAGCACGGCGUCGACGGUCUCCAUCAACACCUUUCAAGCAAAAGGUUGAUGGCAUACUAGAGUAUAUUUUGUAUUGGUGUUCCUUUGGUCCUGAUGACCAUAGAAAAGGUGGCAUUGUCCGACCAAGUCGUACCACAUAUGUUCCAAAGAAGAAAAAUGCAGGUAGACCAAAUACUAAGAGAGGUUGUAUUUGUCACUUUAUUGUGAAACGCCUCAUUGCUGAACCUUCAGUUGCCCUGAUCAUAUAUAAUGAUGAUAAGCAUGUGGAUAAAAAGGGUUUGCCAUGCCAUGGUCCACAGGACAAAAAGGCUGCUGGAACACGUGCUAUGUUUGCCCCAUAUAUCUCAGAAGAUCUCCGUCUACGGGUUUUGUCUCUUCUAUAUGUUGGAGUCUCUGUGGAAACUAUUAUGCAGAGACACAAUGAAUCAGUUGAGAGACAAGGUGGUCCAUGUAACCGUGAUGACCUUUUGACUCAUCGUUAUGUUCGACGACAAGAGAGGGCAAUUCGCCGUUCUACAUAUGAGCUAGAUGAUGAUGAUGCUGUUAGUAUCAGCAUGUGGGUAGAAAGCCACCAAAAUCUGGUUUUCUUCUAUGAAGAUUUCUCUGAUUCCAAUCCAUUUACUCUGGGCAUUCAAACUGAGUGGCAAUUGCAACAAAUGAUUAGAUUUGGAAACUCUGGUAUGCUUGCCUCAGAUUCAAGAUUUGGUACAAAUAAAUUACAGUACCCCAUUCAUAGUCUUCUAGUGUUCAACUUGGACAAGAAGGCCAUUCCAGUGGCUUGGAUAAUAGCACCAAAGUUUUCAAGUUUGGAUGCACAUCGAUGGAUGAGGGCUCUUUACAAUAGAGUUCACACCAAAGAUCCUACAUGGAAGUUGGCUGGCUUCAUAGUAGAUGAUCCAUCAUAUGAUGUUCUCGCAAUCAGGGACGUGUUUCAGUGUACAGUGAUGAUAAGUUUCUGGCGGAUUCGCCAUUUAUGGCAUAAAAACAUAGUAAAGUGUUUGGAAACUGAUAUGCAAAUAAAGAUAUCCAGACGGCUUGGAUGGAUAGUGGAUAAUAUUUGUCGCCAUCAAGGGAGCAUGUCACUCUUUGAAGAAUUCAUGGAAGACUUUAUUGAUGAAUCCAAAUUUAUGGACUAUUUCAAGGCCACAUGGCAUCCAAGAAUAGGAACAUGGAUCAAUGCACUUCAAACUCUUCCUCUUGCUAGCCAAGAGUCUUGUGCAGCAAUGGAAUUUUACCACAACCAACUGAAGAUCAGGUUGUUGAAUGAGAAAGACAUCUGUGUUUAUCAGCGCGCCGAUUGGUUGGUUGACAAGUUGGGUACAAAAGUCCAUUCUUAUUUCUGGCUUGAUGAGUACUCAGAAAAAGAUGAUUUUGCGCGAUACUGGAAAAAUGAAUGGAUGAGUGGUUUGACGUCAUGGCGCAAAGCACUGAAGAUUCCAGAUACUGAUGUCAUAAUGGAAGAUGGAUGUGCUAAGGUCACUGAUCAAGAUAAAGCUUUUGUUGUCUGGAAUACUGGUUCAAUGUUGAGCAUUUGUAAUUGUAGUUGGGCACAAGAUGGCAACCUUUGUGAGCAUAUUCUGAAAGUUCUUAGUAUCUGCCGAAAGAGGGGGUCCAUUUUACCAUCUGUCACUUUAUUUCAGUAUCACCAGGCACUAAAUAACAUGCUGCAUUGCCCUCCUUUUGAUUCCUUUAUUCGUGAUCACGCUGUGUCAUUGGCAGUUUCAGUUCAGAAGCAGUUAAAUACUCUACUCGAUAAAGAAAGUGACCAGACUGUCAUGGAUCCUAAUGAGAAACGGAUCAUUAUUGAUAUUCCACAGGAAUGGUUCAAGGUAGUCUCAACUAACCGGGAUCAGGACUUGGUUAGUAAGAAGCGUGUCAUCAAUGAUAUUUUAUCUGAGGAUGAUAAUGGCUGUGAGGAUAGAAAUAAUUCAAAUGAUGCCCCUGGAUGUGCAAGUGCAAUGAAUGAUAUCGCUGAUCAGGAGGUUGUGGAUCACGGCAUUGCAAGAAAUGGCAAACUGUUUGAGAGUGCUGGAGAGGACAGUUUGCCUGCUGACAUGGAUGUUGAUCCAUCAUCAACUUGUGUUAACCCUCCUGGGUUGGACCCUGUUGAUGAUACCGUUUCAGGUGAUGCAUUCCAAGAAAACAAAGAGAGGGGCUUGGCUACUAUAGGAAACGAGAUCUCCGCUUCUGAAAAUGGUGCUUUGCCUAAUGAUAAGAUUGAAGAAAAUAUUUCAGAUAAAGGUGGCAGAGAUUGUGCUAUGGAUGUGGAUACCCCUUCAUCAACAACAGAGGAUGUGAAGCAUUGUGAAAUACAUCAAAAUGGUGUCAAUGAGGUUCCCAGAGUCAUUUCUUGCACUAAAGAUGCUGAUAGCCACUUGAGCCCCCCGUCAACAGUUACACCUGCCCAGCCACUUGCACUUGAUACGGGUGAAAAUUCAGGUACCAUCAAGGAGGAUGUCUAUUUGGGAUCAAAUACCUGAAAUUAAAUCGUGAAUCAGUACACAGGACAAUUAGAGACCAAUGCCAUUAAAGAUAGAGUUUAAUUUUGAUAAACUCUUUGUAAAGAUUUUUCAUUGUUAAUUCAUUUGAAAAUCAUUAAUUAUUACAAAA